AAUAUAUAGAAGUUGUUUUCGACCGCAAAAAAGUAAGCAUGGUUGAAGUGAAGAAGUAAAUGAUUUACAUGCGUGGGUCUUUUAGUAAUUUGUUUUGUAUUUUUUGAUAUCAUCAUAAGGUUACAGUGAAGGAAGGAGGUUGAAGACCUUGCUUAUGCCAGAAAUUUUAUGUUCAAAUGGAUGAUAUACUAUUUGAGGAGGAACCAUUUAACGAUGUUACAGUAAAAGCUGCUACAAUUGACAAGCUCAUACAACAUUGCCUAGAAAAAUUUGAGGGAAAGUAUGGAAACCGUGAAUCUGAUGCAUUUGUUAACGUCUUCUUUCUUACAUAUCAUUGGUAUAUGAAAACUGAGGAAUUAUUAUCCCGGUUAAUGAAACUCUAUGAAGAGGCAGAGGACAAAAAUGUGGCAUAUUGCACCCAAAUUUACAAAGCUCUUAAGUAUUGGCUAGAUAGCUAUGGCUGUGAUUUUGAAAAAAAUGAAGACGCAAAGUCCAUGGUUAACAUAAUGAAUACGAAAAUUCAAAAAGACAUUGGAGGAAAUGGGCACUCUGUAGCACUUAACUUGGACGACUGGAAUGCUGCAAAGAGAUCUUCAAAGAUUCGUCUAGAAAGUGAUAAAAGAAGAGAAUCUCUAAAUUUUAAUGACAUGUCCGGAGAGGAUAUUGGGGAGCAAUUAUUAUACUUGAAUUGGAAGAGCUUGAAAAAAAUACCAGUUGCAGAAUGGAUGCACUAUGGGAAAACUGCAAAAACAGAUGAUACACCAUUCUUAAAAGAACAGAUUGGAAUUUUUAAUGAUAUCUCAAAAUACGUCAUGGCAAUGAUUUUAAAUAAAUUGUCUCCUGAAAACCGAGCCAAAUCAAUGGAGAAAUUUGUCAAAAUGUCAAAACGAUUACUUGAGUUAAAUGAUUUUAACACAUUGCUUGCAAUUUUGGGAGGUAUGGUGCACAGUACUAUCAGUCGACUGCAAAAAUCAAAAGAAUUUUUGUCUAACGAGGCAAAAUUGUUUAUCAACGAAACAAAUGAGUUAUUGUCAUCAGAUAAGAACUAUAAUAAAUACAGGACCAAGGCUGACGCAACCUAUGGAUUUGUGAUUCCUAUUUUAGGUGUUGUGAUGAAAGAUUUAGUGGCUUUGGAAACUGCUGUGAAAGACUAUGUAGAUAAUAAUGGUGUCAAAUUAGUCAAUUUUCAUAAAAUGGUACAGGUAGCGGGAAUUUUGGAACAAACAUUGCGGUCAAGACACAUUGUCCCCUUAGUACAUCCAAAGAAGGAAGUGUUCAAUGUUAUUCGUUUAUCGUUGAGGUCGCGCUACUCUGAAGAUGAUUUGUAUGAAAUGUCUCUGCAACGUGAACCACGGUCCUCUCCUGGAUCUACAAAAACACCCCUACCUAAAGAGAGGCCUGUGUUUGCGGAUUGGGCGUCUGGUAUUUCACAAGUUGCACCCGAUCGUGAAACAGUGGAACGCCAUGUCACAGACAUGGUGGAGGCUGUCUUUAAAACUUACGACCUCGAUAAGAAUGGUUCUAUUAACAAGAAUGAGUUUGAUGCGUUAGCCUCGAAUUUCGCAUUUGUGGAUAGCUUUGCUGUACUCGAUGUUAACGGUGACGGUAGUAUCAGUCGUCAAGAAAUGGUGAAUUACUUCAUGAACGCAAGCUCACAAGAGAUGACAAAAGAAUUUCUACACGACUUUCAAGAGCAAAGUUUUUAUUCGCCACACUACUGCGUCUAUUGUAUGGGAUUUUUAUGGGGAAUCGGAAAGUCUGGUUAUCGAUGCAAAGUUUGCCAGAUUUCGUGUCAUAAAGAUUGUAAAAACCAUGUUGUUAUGGAGUGUCGACCGAAUCGCACGCUGUCACUUAGAGAAAAACCAAGUAAAAGUCAACGAAAGAGAUUAAAAUAUGUCGACAUGGACUGGCAAGGCUCGACAGACUCUCAAAUUUCAGCAAGUGAUACAGACACUGCCGCUUCUCCGUCGAUUUCUCGCAAUUCGCUAAUAAUGACGGACGUCUUCUCGCAUUCUUUUGAUGUCGCCGACACUACUCCGUCGUAUGUGGGAAGGUUAAAGGACAAAAUAGCAAGACUUGAAAUGGAAAAAGAAGCAUUGAAGAAAGAAAACGGCUCUUUAAAGAACAAACUCACGUCAGCCGAAUCACAAGUGACGGUGCUACAGUCACAGUUAGGUCUCGUACGUCAACAGUCCGUCCGAUUCAUGUUGGAACAAAUGGAACGCUUGAACACGUGCAAGGAAACGGAUGUGUGAUAUGAUACCAGCUGUUCGUCGUCACAUUUUGACGUAAUGUCAUUCUAACUUCCGGAAGAAUCUCAUGCAGUUGUGUGUGUGAGUGAAAUCAAAACGCACUGAAUAAAAUGGUGGUCAUGAAGCAAUACAUACCCUCUUGGAGUCACAACCUCAUGAGAUUAAUGUAAACAAAAACUGAAUACAGGUAUAAAUAAACGGCAUCAACCAGCACAAGCGACUGGAAUCCAGUACAGUAUAUAUGUACAAAGUAUGCAAAAAGCAUUUUAAGCGACAUUUAAUUUUAUUUAUAUUUCGAUUAAGUUGUGUGUAUUUAUAUGGAGGAUUAGAAUUCAUGUUUUAUAAGGAUUAUAUCUUAACAUUUUAACAAUUGUAUAUAUGUCUUAACUUCUUUUACUUACGGAUUUUGUAAUGCUUCCGUUAAACGCCCAGGGCGCUUUUAUAAAUUUAACCAUUUGUGGGGCGUUCAUUUUUAAGGUAACAUCUCAAUAAUAUUAUUGUUAAUUCUGA